UAUAAAUUGGCCUUAAUUGAGUAUAAAUACUUUGGAUUUUUAGAUUGUUCCAUCAAUUGUGAAGAAGAAGUUUGUGUUCUAUGUACUGUGUGCACAGUGUUGUCCUGCAGAAGUGACCGUUUUGUUAUUACAUCCAUUUGGCCGUGCCGAAGGAGUGAUUAUGAAAUUAUGCAAUUAAUAAAUUGUUAAUUCAUCAAUUGAGUGUUACAAGCCAUAAUAAAGCAAGUUUAUCAGAGAUUGGUCGUUGUGAUUUCGCGCGUGAUCAAUUGCCGGGGAGCAAGUGAUUUGUGUGAUGAAAUGGAAGCCACAGGAUUUGAUGAGCAUAUUUUUAGUGAAUUUACCGAUCCACUCACACCCAUAGGGAAACCCCUACAGGAUCAGGGGCAACUCAUGCCACCCACAACUGCUGUGCAAACAAUACUGGGGCAGAUGGAUCCCCAAAUUCCUGGACAUCAUACACCCGAAAUCACGGGGCAGCAGCGUCUACCUGAGGUGCAUAGCCUCUUCCCCGGCGGAUCCACAAAGAUGGAUCACUACAAGAACAUCGAGUACUCAAGCACAAAGCUAGGAUCCUAUUCACCAAAUGGAAAAUCCACAGACUACACCAAUGGGAAGAUUGACACCUAUUCGCCAGGAAGUAAAAUUGAAUUUCUUUCCAAUGGCAAAAUGAACUACUCCCCAAAUUCAGAUAUGGAGUACACAACGAAGAUUGACUACGAAAUGAACAUGUUCCAGCAACCACAACCAAUUGAUUCCAGUAUGCGACCCCACAAUGGAUUGCAGUGCAUCAAGAGGAAAUCCGAAGAAGGAUCAAGCCCAAAUUCAACGAGUGGUGGCCCAAUUCAAGGGGCCGGCAAUGGGAAUGGCGCCGAACCGUCGCCAUCAUCCAAGAAGAAUGAGAAGAAAAAAUCAGAUCCCAAUGGGAUAAAGAAGAAGAAAACCAGGACGACAUUUACAGCAUAUCAGCUGGAAGAACUUGAAAGAGCCUUCGAAAGAGCUCCGUAUCCUGAUGUAUUUGCAAGGGAAGAAUUGGCUUUAAAAUUAAACUUAAGUGAAUCACGGGUCCAGGUGUGGUUUCAGAAUCGUCGAGCUAAAUGGCGCAAGAGAGAACCCCCAAGAAAGACAGGCUACAUAGGUUCCAAUAGCCCAUCAGCUCCUCUCACUAAUCUGGGACCACCCUUUCCAACCUUCGCUCAAACCCCCGCUGCUGUGAAUUCACCUGGAAGUGUGGACAGUUGGACGAGCUAUUCAUCACCUUACGAGCUUGGCUCACACUUUAACAUCCUAUCACCGGCCUCAAGUCCCUACGGAUCAUUUUCCGGGCAGUACGGCUCCUACGUUCACGACAGUCAACUCUUUCCCGUCCGGCAGCACUUUGACUACGGUAGUCCACCGCGAACUGGAGGCGGGGAAUUGGACGACGGACAGCAGAAAAGCAAUCACUACGUUACAAUAGAUGAAAAAUACGACCCACAUUGCCCCACAAAUGGGGUCCCCAAUGGGAAGUACAUUGAGACAGAUAAUAAAUUUAUCCACACGAUGGGAACACUGGAUGAAUCCAAGUACAAUGUCAAUUGUCAAAUGGAGGAGAAUGAGAUGAAACCGCCGUAUACGACAAAUUCAACGCUAAUAAGUUGUCAUCCGGAUGAGAGUACCACGAUCAGCAUCAACAAGUCCGAGGACACCAUUACUCAGAGCUUUGUCUUACCCUCCUUCCUGCAUUAGCACCAUGUAAAAAAAAACCUACUCCUAGCGUUCAUUGAAGAAAUUUUCUCAGCAUUUUUUGAUAUUCAUUGCAAUACUAUUAGAUGGAAAUUGUCGUUUUCUUUUUUCAUUUACAAAAUAGAAAUCUUAAGGAAAAUCAUUAAAUCAAUUAGAAAAAAUAAUAA